AUGUCUUGUGAUUGCCGACAUAGUGUACUUGAGCAACAACGUGUGUUGCGGUUAUUGAUGGAACAUCGUGGUGUACUUCUGUAUGAUAAGACUCCAUCAGAAGAAAAUGGGAAAAUGGUGGGGGUCGAUUGGUUAGAUCGAAUUACAUAUGAUACAAUCAUUGAGCUCGCACGACGGGGUGAUUUUUUCUUUUUAGGCCCUUGCACUGCUGACCAGAAGGAUACUGCACAUAGCACACUACAGGGUCUAAGACCUGUAUCUUUGUUUACCCUGAUAGCCGGCUCUGCAUACCAUCUCCUUGCGACGGAAGUGGAGGGUGAUGUCAGGGAUACACUGCAUCAUGUUCUCAUGGAGUUUCUGUUUCAAGAUGACGAAAGGGAUGGACCUGUUCAGCGAUGUGCUGAAACCAACCAGUUGUCUUCAUCAUUUACUGAAGGCGAGAAACAGCAGCAACUAGAGCGAGUUAAGCAGCGGCUAGAGGCCUUUCAUUCUACCAGGUACGUUGAGCAUUGUCUUGCGAACGCUUUGCCUUUCCGUACGCCCUUUUCAGCUUCUGUACGUGAUGAGAUGCCAACGUUUGCUGCUCCGGUGAGCUGUUCUCAGCUUCUGCCACGUUCCUUAUUUCUUUUGCCCGUGGCAAGGGCAGUAGUACCGUCAUGGAGCCGCCAAUCCUUUAACAUCGUCACUGGACGCUGCUUUUCAUCAUCUUUCCAUUUGGGUGACUCGCCAUGCCGUCAGGAUGGUUCCCCUGUGAGGGUUCUGUUACUCCGGUUGGAUCCUGCAGGGGAAUGGCUUCCAGAGGCAGAGGACUUGUACAACACACAGACUUUCUUUUCGUAUUAUAGCAACGAUACUAAUGAUUUGAGAGAGGAAGAUAGCUUUUACCUGAGGUGGCGUGAAGCUAGGGGGAUUGAUCGACCGAUAAGUGCAUGGCGACAAAAAGGCGUGGAUGGUGAGACAACUGAUGAGCAGGAGUCGUUUUACAAGAUGCAGGCUCGGCAAAUCGGUACAUCCGAAUGCUUCAAACUUGACAAUGUGGGAUACCGAGUGCAGGAAAGCAGCCAGGUGCGUGCAGCCGUUACGGUUAACAUCCAGAACGUUCGACCAAGCGAGGAGGAAAUUUUUUUCGAGGGCUUAGUGGAUCGUACAUGCACCCAAUUAUUCCCUCCUUUCCGGGGGAAAGAAGUUGUUGAGGGUGACACGUUUCAUCUUGAAUUUCGCGCGGCAGUUCGUCUUUUUAUUUGGUGUUUGUUGCAUGGUGUGCGCAUUGUUCUCACGCCAGAGCGUGUACCGCCGCUGUUCAAGAGCUUCGGGGAACGGUACGGCUGUGCCUUACAGCAUCAUCUGAGCCAUUAUGAAGGUAUAUGGCCAGAAGAAGCGGAGCGUUCCCUCGCUGAGGAAGUUGCAGAGGAAUCAAUAAUUCGGAUAGUUGACGAGUUGCGCUUAGAAUGCUUUGAGCGUCUGCUUAGUGCUUUUCCCUGCUUCCAUGAGCCUAACGAUCAUCCGGAGCGUUUUGUGACGCGAUCGACCGCGAUUCUGAGCCGUAACCGUCUGCGUUUGCCUCUCGUAGCGGGGGACGCACUGUUAAGCGCGUCUGAGUGCGCUCUGACCACUGUUGAAGCGGUUCUGCGGCGUACACAGAUGCAGGAGCGCCAGAUGACGGCCAUGUUCAAUUCCUUAGGUUAUAUACCCACUCCCAACCAAUUGGUGUGCGUUCUGAGGCUAACGGAGCCGCCUGUAUUUGGGAGGCAACAGUGGGUGCCAUCUUCGCUUGCGGGUUCAAUUCUCAUCACGGCACCCACACGUGGGCUGGAGCAGCGUUUGAUAAGGCUGCUUCAAAAAUGUACCACCACUCUGCUCGACAUCUUUCACGGACCUUCUCAUCUUUCCCAGUGCUUGUCUCAAAACGCAGCGGGGGAUUUGGUGAAGGAAACAGGUGUUGUAAGGGCGGGAGGAGCAUUUUUCUUCAGUUUCCAUCGCUGUUUAAGGCGACAAAUUUGUGCCUUAAGCAGUGGCCAUUGUGGCAGUUCUUUUUCUGAUCUGCAGGUACUGAUACAAACGCUGGAGCAUCUGGCUUCAGCGUGCUUUGCGAUACCGCAACAGUUAGCAAGACGCAUUAUGACGGACACAACACUGGAUCAUCCCACCUGUGGUAUACACAACCCUCGGGGUCCCCGUGCACGUGAGUGCCUGUGGCGGCUUGCAACCCAACAUGCGGCAGAACUGAAGAUGCCUUUGGAAGAUCAUGAAUUGCAUGUUUUCUUAAAAAAUUUUCACGAGAAAGCUGAUAUGCUCUUGCGUAGUGGGCAAACACGAAAGUUUGAGGAUCAGUUCAAGGGAGGAGUCAGGGAGACUUUUUGCCUUGAUAAGACUCAUUUGAGCAAUUCAUCCGAUCCUGUGUGCAACCUAAACAACUUGUAUGAGCAGGCACUUCGUAUUUUUGCAGGCGAUCUUGCUUUCCUAUCUGGGUUGGAGUCUAUGGUUGGCGGUAAAAGCAGUGAGGAUCAGCCCCAGCUGCCUCAAUGGAUGUUUGUCGAAGCAAUAGAGCCAAAUCGUGAGGCUGUGCGUCUGGCCUUGGUUGCGUGUUAUUUGAUAGCAAUUGCAUCAUAG